AUAUAUAUAUAUAUAUAUAUAUUAGCGAAUCAUGUAUACGUACGAAAAUAUUUGCUCUUACCAGGCCAUGGAUUAUAAGCGUGAUUCAAUUUGGUUAUUUCUUGGUGAAUUCAUUAAACCUGUCAAAUAAAUAGUUGCGAUCAGCUUGCUUGGAUUCUGGUUUCUUCUAUGUUAUCAAUCAUGGAAUCAGUGAGGAAUUCAUGGAUGAGGUUUUUUCCCAAAGCAAAAGGUUCUUUGAUCUACCCAUAAAGGAAAAAAUGAAGCUUCUAAGGAACAAGAAGCAUCGAGGAUAUACCCCUGUUCUAGAUGAACGUUUGGAUCCCAUCAAUCAAGUACAAGGAGAUUACAAGGAGGGAUAUUAUAUUGGUGUUGAAGUACCUGAUGAUGAUUCUGACAUAGAGAAGCCAUUUUACGGGCCAAAUGUUUGGCCCUCGACAGAUAUUUUGCCUGGAUGGAGGCAAACUAUGGAGAAAUACCAUCGAGAAGCACUUGAGGUGGCAAAAGCAAUUGCAAGACUCAUAGCCCUUGCACUUGACCUUGGGGGAAACUUUUUUGAUCAGCAAGAAAUGCUUGGCAAGCCUAUUGCCAAUUUGCGCCUGCUACAUUAUGAAGGUCUAAUAUCUGAUCCCACAAAGGGAUUAUAUGGAGCCGGUGCCCAUUCUGAUUUUGGUUUGAUUACCCUCUUGGCCACGGAUGAUGUUUCUGGUCUCCAAAUAUGCAAGCAUAAGGAUGCCAAACCUCAGAUCUGGGAAUAUGUGGCACCAUUAAAAGGGUGGUUGGCUCAAACACGUAUGGUGGAUCCCAUCUUGCCAACAAGUGGAAUCAAAAGCAUGUUGGGCUCUUCCAUUGUGGACUCUUCAUCUUCCCGACAAAUUGCAUUCUUUGUGGAGCCUAAUCACGAUUGCCUUGUUGAAUGCUUGCCAACAUGCCAGUCACCGGAGAACCCUCCCAA